AUGGCGGAACCUAAGGCACUCGAAUCGUCUCUGAACAAACUGUCCAUAAAUCCCCAUCCGUCUAAGCCCUCGAGCUCCUUCAAGAAAAAGCCGCCCGUUUCGGAGUCCUGGGACGACGAAGAACUCGACGACUCGGGAAAUGAUACGGAUCGACCCCUCUCCCAACAGCAAUCUGCAGAUUACCCCUCUGCCCCGCCGCCUACCCCGAUCUCCCCAUCUACAUCAUUUGCCCGCGAUACUACAUUUGUGAACCCGUACGGAUACGGUGGCAUUGAUGGGGUGGCCGAAGCAAGAAGUGAACGACCCAGUUCGAGGCCAGAGAAGACUGAUGCGGUUGCAAAGAGGAUGAUCGCUGGUGCUUUGGGUGUGAAGGCUCCGAAGAAGACCGAGGAGCAGAAAGCCUAUGACAAAGCCAUAAAGGAGAAAGAGAUGAAACGGCGGAAUCAGGAGAAAGAAGCCGCUGUGAGAGCGAAAGAAGAUGCCGAACGAGCAAAGGCUGCUGUCUGGGAUGACUAG